CGGAGAGCUUGGACCAAACCCUGCGGCUCUGGCACCAUGACGCUCGCCCGCUUCGUGGUGGCUUUGGUUUUAGCGGCGCUCCCCGAAGUGAUCGGCUUUGAUCUAGUCGUCAGUAAUCCCCUCCACCACCGCUAUCGCCAUUCGCUCCCUCGAGGUCCCCGGCACCCUUAUUACCUUCCCACCCAGCAGCGGCAACAGAGGACGCCUGCGCCGCCCCCUCUCCCGCGCGUCCCGCGCCCCGCGCCCGCGCUGCAUGCCCAGCGCCUGCACGCCCUCCAUGCCGGGCGCACGCCGGGGCCGCACCAUCGGGACUGCCCCGCCAGCGAGCCCUGGGUCAACGUGACGGACUUCGGCGCCCCUUGUCUGCGCUGGGCAGAGGUGCCACCUUUUCUCGAGCGGUCGCCCCCGGCGAGUUGGGCUCAGCUGCGAGGGCAGCGCCACAACUUCUGUCGGAGCCCCGACGGCGCGGGCCGACCCUGGUGCUUCUAUGGGCACGCCCACGGCAAGGUGGACUGGGGCUACUGCGACUGCAGACACGGGUCAGUGCGGCUUCGAGGUGGCAAACACGAGUUUGAAGGCGCCGUGGAAAUAUACGCAAAUGGAGCUUGGGGCACAGUGUGUGGCAGCCACUGGGAUGAUUCGGACGCCUCAGUCAUUUGUCACCAGCUGCAGCUGGGACGAAAAGGAGUUGCAAAACAAACCCCGUUUUCUGGACUGGGCCUUCUUCCCAUUUAUUGGAGCCAUGUCCGUUGCCGAGGAGAUGAAGAAAACAUACUGCUUUGUGAAAAAGACGUCUGGCAGGGUGGGGCGUGUCCUCGGAAGAUGGCGGCUGCUGUCACAUGCAGCUUUUCCCAGGGCCCGGCAUUCCCUGUCAUACGCCUCGUGGGUGGCAGAAGCGCGUGGGAAGGCCGAGUGGAAAUCUACCAUGCUGGUCAGUGGGGGACUGUCUGUGAUGACCAGUGGGAUGAAGCGGAUGCAGAAGUGAUCUGCAGGCAGCUGGGCCUGAGUGGCAUUGCCAAAGCAUGGAAUCAGGCGUAUUUUGGGGAAGGCUCUGGGCCAAUAAUGUUGGAUGAGGUACGCUGCACUGGGAAUGAGCUUUCUAUUGAGCAAUGUCCAAAGAGUUCCUGGGGAGAGCAUAACUGUGACCAUAAAGAAGAUGCUGGAGUGUCCUGUACCCCUCUAACAGAUGGGGUCAUCAGACUUGGAGGUGGUAAAGGCGGCCAUGAGGGCCGCCUGGAGGUGUAUCACCGGGGACAGUGGGGGACUGUCUGUGAUGAUGGCUGGACUGAGCUGAAUACAUAUGUGGUUUGCCGACAGCUGGGAUUUAAAUACGGCAAACAAUCCCCUGCAAACCACUUUGAAGAAAGCACAGGGCCCAUAUGGUUGGAUGACGUCAGCUGCUCGGGAAAGGAAUCCAGUUUCGUUCAGUGCUCCCGGAGGCAGUGGGGAAGGCAUGACUGCAGCCAUCGGGAAGACGUUGGUAUCACCUGCUACCCUGGUGGCAACGGAUACAGACUAUCUCUGGGUUUUCCUAUCAGACUGAUGGAUGGAGAAAAUAAGAAGGAAGGACGAGUGGAAGUGUUCAUCAGUGGCCAGUGGGGAACCAUUUGUGAUGACGGCUGGACUGAUAAGGAUGCAGCUGUGAUCUGUCGUCAGCUUGGCUACAAGGGCCCUGCCAGAGCAAGAACCAUGGCUUAUUUUGGGGAAGGAAAAGGACCCAUCCACGUGGACAAUGUGAAGUGCACAGGAAACGAGAGGUCCCUGGCUGACUGCAUCAAACAAGAUAUUGGGAGACAUAACUGUCGCCACAGCGAAGAUGCAGGAGUCAUUUGUGAUUAUUUUAGCAAGAAGGCAGCAGGUAACAGUAACAAAGAAUCCCUCUCGUCUGUUUGUGGCUUGAGAUUACUGCACCGUCGGCAGAAGCGGAUCAUUGGUGGGAAAAAUUCUUUAAGGGGUGGUUGGCCUUGGCAAGUGUCCCUCCGGCUAAAGUCAUCCCAUGGAGAUGGCAGGCUCCUUUGUGGGGCCACGCUCCUGAGUAGCUGCUGGGUCCUUACAGCAGCACACUGCUUCAAGAGGUAUGGUAACAGCACAAGGAGCUAUGCUGUUCGGGUUGGGGAUUAUCAUACUUUGGUGCCAGAAGAAUUUGAAGAAGAAAUUGGAGUUCAGCAAAUUGUGAUUCAUCGGGAGUAUCGACCUGACAGCAGUGACUAUGACAUCGCCCUGGUUCGAUUAGAAGGACCAGAAGAGCAGUGUGUUAGAUUUAGCAGCCACGUUUUGCCCGCCUGUUUGCCACUCCAUAGAGAGAGGCCACAGAAAACCGCCUCCAGUUGUUACAUAACAGGAUGGGGAGACACAGGACGAGCCUAUUCAAGAACUCUACAACAAGCAGCCAUCCCCCUACUUCCCAAGAGGUUUUGUGAAGAACGUUAUAAGGGUCGGUUUACAGGAAGGAUGCUCUGUGCUGGGAAUCUACAUGAACACAAACGUGUUGACAGCUGCCAGGGAGACAGCGGAGGACCGCUCAUGUGUGUUCGGGCAGGAGAGAGUUGGGUUGUAUACGGGAUAACCUCCUGGGGGUAUGGCUGUGGAGCCAAAGAUUCACCUGGUGUCUAUACCAAAGUCUCAGCCUUUGUACCUUGGAUAAAAAGUGUCACCAAAUUAUAAUUCUUCAUGGAAACCUGAAGAGAAAAUAUGUUGGAAAAUUUUCAACCUCUACAUUAGCACUCAGCCAGAGAUGCCAACUUAUGGGGAUGAGAGCCAUGUUUCUGCUUUUGUGUUGUGAUUAAAUCAUGUACACCACUGCUGCUUGAGAAAUUUGUGAUGUGAACAUUCUGUUAGAUACCUCAGUGUAGUACUAAUUAUUCUUGAUUAGCAUUGUUGGUAGUCUUUAUUCUCAGCACUCUCCAGAGAUUACUGUAUAUCAACUGUGCAAUAAGCCUGUUUUUAUUCUUUUGGAUUAAGAGUCUAUAAUUCAAUCAAUACUCUUUAUUACACUUAAGUGAUAUUG